GAAAGCCAAGAUUGCGAAGAGAUGGAGGAGACGCCAGCAUGUGGAGGCGGUCUGUGCGACGACGCAGUCAUGGAGAUCCUUGUGCGCCUGCCGUCGGAGUCCGUGCUCCGCUGCCGUGCCGUCUGCAAGCGCUGGCGCCGCAUCACCACAGACGGGUCCUUCUUGGCUGCUCACUCCGCCCGCCGCCCGCGCGAGUUGAUGGUCGUCACCCCGUCCCGUAGGGUGAACACUAUCGCUCUCUCAUCGUUCCUGGACCCGGCGGCCGCGGUGGCGCGACGGCUCGGCGGCUUCCUCUGCGACGCAGUCCAGCGAGACAAGAACGGGACCGAGAUGAGGUUACCCAGCAGCCUGCUGUACUCUCUCGACGGGCUGAUCGUAUUCCAGGGGAUCUGGGGCGUUUCUGACAUUUGUUUCGUCGUCUGUAACCCGGUGACGAGGCAGUGGACGAAGCUGCCGGCGCUAGUUCCUAAGCCUUGCUUCACCGCGUACCCCUGCGGCUUCUACCUGCACAGGUCCUCCGGCGAGUACCGCCUCCUGUGCCACGGAGACGAAUCAGCGCCAUGGGCGUGGUGUCGGCCCGGUCCACCGGGCGACCGCUACUACGUCCUCGCGGCCGGCGGCAGCCAGGCUCGGCGGCUGUGUCGCGCUCCCGAGGGCAGCCCCAUCAUCUCCGGGUACGAGACUCCCGUGGCUCAUGCCGACAUCCUCUACUGGUUCAGCAAGCACCCUGAGUCGAAGCGCACCGGCAAGAUGCUGGCGUUCGACACGGCGUCGGAGACGUUCCGGCUCAUGGCACGCCCGCCUGGUGUUACGACGGCAGCACUGCUGGAGCUAGACGGAUCGCUCUGCGCCGCGGACGUCGUGCAGCAGGCUCCGGGUGUGGCGGCGCGCCUCGACGUCUGGGCUCUGCAGGACCACGACCACGACACGGCGGAGAGCUGGACGUUGCGCCACCGGAUGGAGGUGACCCCGCCGCCGAGGUCCUUGUCUUACAAUGGCACGUUUCCUGCGAGCCGGGCAAUCUCUGCUGGGGACGGCAGCAGCAGCAUCCUCAUCGGAGACCACACGUUUCCUGUGGUCAUCUUAUGCGAUCUCAAACACAAGACGGUGCGCGGGGAAUUCGAUUGCGGAUCGAUGCCGUCCUUCCUGGUAUUCCAUGACAGCCUGGUGUCGCAUGCCUUCUUUCACUUGCCGUGCUCCUCAUCCUCUGACCUCAUGUCCAUCAAGUUUCCAGAUUCUCAAUCUCAACCAAAACAAGAGGACAUCAUAGGUGCAGUUCAUGCAGUUCAUUAUUUAUUUGCACUACUAGUACCGAGGGAUGAAAACAGAUCGGAUCCAGAAGGAUAUUAUUGA